CUGGCUACUCGGUCAAAGAGAGCCAGCCAAAGGGGAGUAGGGCUCCUGCACCUUCCUCUUCAUCAGCACUUGGCACAGAGGAGGCUCCAUACCACGCUUCACAAAUCCACAAUCCAAGCCUUUAAUCCCAAGUUACAGCAGACUUAAAAGGGGAGGGCAGUUAUCUAACUCUCUCAGCACCCCCAUGUGCCUGCUUGGAUCAUGGAGCUGCACUGCCUUCCUACUGAUACCCCCACCACAGCCAGCUCCUGCUCCACGGAUCCCCCGUACGACAACUGCCCACCUUUUGGCCAGCGAGAGAGAGCCAGGGAGAAGGAAAUGGAGAGUGGAGUUGUGUGCCCUGCUGUAACCAGACUCCCAGGCCCCCAGAGCCCACUGCCUGGUCUGGCCCCAGCUGUGGCUGAGGUUCAGACAGUGGUCGGUGGGGGAAGAGGGCCUGGCAUUUGGCCAGCUCACAGCUACUGCAACUGUAAAGAAGGCCUGGGAAGACAGGCCUGGGAAGCAGAGCUAAGCAGAGGCAUAAACACAGCAAGAGGAGGAGACAGAGGAGGAGAACAGGGGUGUAGCUGGGGAGUUCAUGUGAACCAAAGCCCAAGCCCAUCACAGAGUGAGGAGCACCGGAGCGCUCUGUCUCUGUAUGAUAAUCUCCCUGAUGCUGAAACAUCACACAGCCUCCAGGACUUUGACACAGAAACAAGCCUCCAGGAACACUUGCAGGAGCAGAUGCACAAAGCUGUAGCAUCCAAACAAAUCCAGGGAUCGAUGGAGGACGACUGUGCGACUGAAAAGAUGCUCAGUAAAAGAUGUUCUAGCAACCAGGACCAGAAACCAGACCAAGAUGAGGAGCAUGAACCGGAGCUAGAGCUGGACUCAGGAUCCUGUAGAUUAACAGAAGGGGACCUGAUGCAGCAUCACCACCUCCCUACGUCGCUUCCUCAACAUCUUACACAAAAUUCCGCUCAGAUGCGUCAAACCAAGUGUCACGACCCACCGCUGUGGCAGCCAAAACAGACAUCGUCUCCCAGAGUGCCCCCUCCAUUACCCCUGGCAGACCCCUCUGCCAGUGCUUUACGCAGCCUCCUCACCAGCCUGCAGCACCAGAUAAUGAAGCAGAGAGAGGAAUAUGAAGCACGGAUAAUCAGUCUGGAGCAGAGAAAUGAAGAGCUACAGAUGGAGGUAGUUCGUCUGAAAACAAACCUCGCACAGCAGCGGCACUGGUACCAGGUUGUGCAGGCGAAGAUCGUGGAAUCUGAACGGGCACGGGCUGCCGCGGAAGCACACAACACCACGAUGCAGAGGGAGAUGGAGCAGUUUUUCGACAUCUUUGGAGAGCUCAACAACGAGGAAAAGAAAACAGAACACAUUGUGCAGAGCUUUUGAGAAAGCUUAUGAUGUGAGCAGUGAGUGCAAAGAGUAGGAAAUAAAUGCACAAGAUGAGCUGGUCAUUACACUCUAACGAGGGUCUUUUAUCACUAUGUCACUAAUAAAGCAAUGUACAGUCAUUUCCUCAUGAAGAAUCUGAGAAUUGCACAAAACAGCAUCAAAGAAAGAAAAAUAAUCACUGAUGUCCACUUUAUUAGCUGAGUAUGGGCAAAAGAUGUUGGCCAAAAGGUCAUAUUGUGGUCAUUGCAAUCACAGAGGACAUCUCUGGAAAUAAAAGGAGGAACAAACCGA